GACGGCUGCAGGCCUCAAUCCGUCUUCAACCUUCUCUCUUCUGGAGGGGCACCUUCACAUCUCCGCGGUGCGCUCGCAGUGGAUUCCUUUGGUGUACAGUUUAAGUAGAUAUAACUCUUUAUUACAGACACAAUGUCCUUCUUGACUGUCAGCAGGCUAGCUCCUAAACUUCUUAAUUCAAAGAAUGCCACUUUCUUAUUUGUGGCUGCAAGAAAUGCCAGCGCGGCAACAACAAAUUUGAAGGAUGUUCUGGCAGAUCUUAUUCCAAAAGAACAGACCAGGAUCAAAAACUUUAAACAACAGUAUGGCAAAACCAACAUAGGUCAGAUUUCUGUUGAUAUGGUGUAUGGUGGUAUGAGAGGGAUGAAGGGUCUGGUGUAUGAAACCUCAGUGUUGGAUCCUGAGGAGGGCAUCCGCUUCAGGGGCUACAGCAUUCCAGAGUGUCAGAAGUUGCUUCCUAAAGCUCCUGGAGGUGAGGAGCCGCUGCCUGAGGGUCUCUUCUGGCUUCUGAUCACAGGACAAAUCCCAACUGAGGAGCAGGUAAACUGGGUGUCCAAAGAGUGGGCGAAGAGAGCAGCACUCCCCUCUCACGUUGUCACCAUGUUGGAUAAUUUCCCCACCAACCUGCACCCCAUGUCUCAGUUCAGCGCUGCCAUCACAGCUCUGAACAGCGAGAGCAGCUUUGCCCGGGCCUACUCCGAGGGAGUCCACAAGUCCAAGUACUGGGAGUUCAUCUAUGAAGACUCCAUGGACUUGAUUGCCAAGUUGCCGUGCAUUGCUGCUAAGAUAUACCGCAACCUUAACCGUGAGGGCAGCAGCAUUGGAGCCAUCGACUCCAGCCUGGACUGGUCUCACAACUUCACCAACAUGCUGGGCUACAGCGAGCCCCAGUUCACGGAGCUGAUGAGACUCUACCUGACCAUCCACAGUGAUCAUGAAGGAGGCAACGUCAGUGCCCACACCAGUCACCUGGUGGGGAGUGCCCUGUCCGACCCCUACCUGUCCUUCAGUGCUGCCAUGAAUGGUCUGGCUGGUCCUCUGCACGGCCUGGCCAAUCAGGAAGUGCUGGUGUGGCUGACUGCCCUGCAGAAGGAGCUGGGAGGAGAGGUGUCUGAUGAAAGGAUGAGGGAUUAUAUCUGGAACACGCUGAAGUCUGGAAGGGUGGUUCCAGGCUACGGCCAUGCUGUCCUGAGGAAGACCGACCCACGCUAUACCUGCCAGCGCGAGUUUGCUCUGAAGCAUCUGCCCAAUGACCCCAUGUUUAAGUUGGUUGCCCAGCUUUACAAGAUUGUCCCGAACGUGCUCCUGGAGCAGGGUAAAGCCAAGAACCCCUGGCCCAACGUGGACGCCCACAGUGGAGUGCUGCUGCAGUACUAUGGAAUGACAGAGAUGAACUACUACACCGUCCUCUUCGGCGUGUCUCGUGCUCUCGGCGUUCUCGCUCAGCUGGUGUGGAGCAGAGCUCUGGGAUUCCCACUGGAGCGCCCCAAAUCCAUGAGCACAGACGGACUGAUGACGCUGGUCGGAGCCAAGUCUGGCUGAAGCGCCUCCUCCAAGGAGCUGGGGGUUUGCGUGACGGGUGAGAGGAUGUGGAGAAAAUGCAAAGCAGACAUCAUCUGACCCUCUUGUUCCCAAGCCCAGGGAUUGAAUGGGAUUCAAAGAGACAGUACACUUUUAAUGUUAUUUCACAAAAGAAGGACCUUUUAAAUGUCCCAGCUGUAGUGUUGACGUGUGUUUAGGUAACCGCAGAAGAGUUGUCCCAUCAUGUUUAGACGUCUUUGGAACAUGAAGGGUUCAAACUUCAUACAUGUAACUUCAAUUAGGCUCAAACCAUGUUCGAUCCAAGUGCACGAGCAUCUCUAAGGUUUCCCCUGAGCACUGCCUGCGUGCUUCUCACUGAGUGCAGAGACUGAGCUAUGACUCGUGUGGAGGAACCACACAUCCUAAAUAUUUGUUUAAUGAUUGGCUUCCACACAUCGUUCAAUAUUUUCAGCUUCAGGCUAAUUCCAGUUGUUUUUCCUGUUAGUAAACGAGCGCCUAAUAAAAAUGGACUUUAUUUUUCUUCUAUGCAAUUAUUUCAUCCCAUCCUGAUUGACUCCCACAUAUGAACACUCCGUUUCCAAAACUAACAGGACACAGUAACACAGUAAAAAAAUAAAUCCAUAUUAUGAGUCAGUUAAAAGAUGCUGCCCCUUUAAAUCUUUAAUCUCUUCUUUCUCCUCCACUUGUAAUUUUUUCUUGUUUUAAGAGACCGUGAUUACUUCUAUGAUCAAAAUAACUUGUUUUUUUUCUUUAGCUGUUCUAAUUUUAAAGACGCUCUGCUUUAAGGGUCUUAAGAAUCGUAGGAAAUGACGAAUAGUGAACAGUAAGUUACAUUUGAGUACAAGGUGUUGUAAUUGGCAGCCCGCUGUGAAUCUUUAAGAGCAAGCUUGAAUAAAAAGUGUCAGAGGAGGCUCCGUAGUUGUCCUCGUCGUGUUUUAGUCGGGGAGUUCAUCUCCACAGGAAAGCGCUUUAGACAUCAUUACUCCAGAAUGAGCACUUGCUUAAUUGGAUUCCUCGUUUAACUUUUCUAGACUGACUGUGUACUGGUCUACAAAGAUGUUCAGUUUCAAUUAGUAAAAAAUACUUCCGUUUUGGGGUUCUCGUGGUUUUAUUUAUAAUUUGAAGCGGUAAAGCUGGGUGGAUGGAUUUAUAAUUUGUGUACAUAGGUAUAUAUAUAUAUGUAUAGCUUGAAUGUAUGCGCUCUGUACGUGUAAAAACCACAGCGAGUACCACAGUUUACCAACGAUGUGUCCAGUCUGUGAUGUUCAGACUGAAGAACAAACAGAAAACUGCAGCUUCUUGUACAUACGGUCUCUGAGCUUAGCUGGUGCUGUUUCUUAUUUCUCUCGAAUGUUCAAGCUUGCUCUUGGGUUCUGGGCUCUACACUCCAUGUCUGUGAAGUUUAUGUUCUGGCAUUAUUUGUGUUUGUUUCUCCCCCGAACAAAUCUUUCGCCGUGGUAGCGAGUAGUUCACACAAAUGUUUGCUUCUUUGUGUCGUACGAUACUCUUUUAUUUUCAGGGUUUAUAAGCAUCAGUGUUUUGCUGCGUUCUUCCAUGUGUCUGGUGGUUGAUGAAGAGGGUUAUUUUGAUCGUAGAGGGUCAUAAAGGUCGUAUGUAACGGAGGAAAUUAAAUGCAGAUGGUUUCUUAGAAGAGACACUUGGGGGAUAGAGCUGGAUGGGUCAAGUGGGCAAGGGAAGCUUAAAGAGAAGUCAUUGCUAAACCCAACAAACUGAAGAAUAAAAGGUUUUUAUUAA